AUGGUUCUGUUCAGGAUGCUUCCGAAGAUCCGCAGAGUAGCAAUUCUAGGAGGCGGCCCAUCCGGAGUAGUAGCCGCCAAAUGCCUUCUAUCGGAAGGCCUAACUCCCGCGAUUUUCGAACAGCGGUCUAGUUUUGGCGGGGUCUGGAAUUACACUCCGGAGACGAAAUCACGUCUUGAACAUAUUCCCCAAGAAGACCCGAAUCUCGACGAUGAACCGGUUCCAGAUUCACAUGGCUCUGAAAAGCCGGUGUUUAUGAGCCCGGUAUACAACGAACUGGAAACCAAUAUUCCAAAGGAUCUCAUGGUGUUCAACAAAACACCGUUUGACGAAAGGUUACAACUUUUCCCAGGACACGAGGAUACAAAACUAUAUGUCCAAGAAUUCUCCAAAGGCCUUGAAAACUACACGGAAUUCAAUCGGAGGGUUGUGAAGCUCGUUAGGAAGGAUGGGUUACAGUGGGAGAUCGAAACGCAAGAUGUGGUAUCUGCAGAGACUGAGAAGAAAGUAUUCGAUGCAGUGAUUAUUGCGACAGGACAUUACAAUGUUCCUUAUAUACCACCGAUAGAUGGAAUUGAGGAGUUCGAGCGAAGAUAUCCAGGUUCAAUAUUGCACUCGAAGUACUUUCGAGUUGCGGACGGAUAUAAGGGAAAGAGAGUCAUCGUGGUCGGGAAUUCCGCUAGCGGGAUUGAUAUUGCAUCACAAAUUUCCGAGGUCUCGCAGAUUCCAUUGUAUCAGUCUUGCAGGAGUAAAGGUGCAUACAAGGAUUUCCCUCUUUUAGCUCCUGAAAAGAUUAAGAUCGUUCCCACUAUCGAGCGCUUUGUGCCUGAUGAUAGAACCGUUGUAUUCUCUGACGGGACCGUUGAGAAAAACAUAGACGUGAUAUUGUUUUGCACAGGUUACCUACACUCUUUACCGUUUCUAGAAGAGUCAGCUAAACCUUCUGAACGGAUGAUAACGGAUGGAUUCUAUAUUCAUCGGCUAUAUCAACAUUUAUUUUAUAUUCCACAGCCGACGCUAUCAAUUGUUGGACUGCCCACCAAAGUCAUACCCUUUCCGUUUGUAGAAACCCAAGCAGCUGUCGUUGCCGGUGUAUAUUCUGGGCGCUUGGGUCUACCUUCGGAAGAGUCUAUGAGUAAAUGGGAGAAAGAUCUUUUGGAACAAAAGCCCGGAGACAGACAUUUCCAUUUUCUAACAUUUCCACAAGACGCGGAUUAUAUGGACAUAUUGAACGAAUGGAGUGAGGAGAAGGAGUCAGAUGGUAAAAGGGCAUUGUACCAACCAACCAAAUGGGGAGGAAAGGAAAGGUGGAUUCGUAAGAAUACUCCUAAAAUCAAAGCAGCUUUCUUGGUGGCGAAGUCAGAAGGGCGGAUAGUUAAGACUCUAGAGGAGUUGGGAUUUCAUUAUGAAGGUGAUAAAGAGAUAUAG